CAGAUUCCUUCCAAAUACGAAAACUUUAUUGCAGAAGUUUCCUAUAAUGGCUCACAAUCUUAAAGUAACUUUUAAUGAUCUAGAAAACUUUAAUUGCAAAUUAAAGAAUUUGAACAAAACGUGUUAUUAUAAUAGUGAUGAUAUUGGCGUUAUUAUUGGAAGUAAUGAAAAUGAAAAUAAAAUAGUUAAUAAACCACAAAAUAUUCAGAAUUUGGUUGGGAAGAUUGACCGUUCAUUGGAAUUAAAAUAAUCAAUUACUAAGAAGUAUUAUAUUUU